CCUGCUCCCCGCUCCGCCCGGGCAGCGCGGCCAUGCCGGUGGCGGGUGAGCGGAGCACGGCGCGGCGGGAGGCCACGGAGCGACGGCUGGCGCGGUUCGCGGCGCUCCGAGGGACGCCCGCUCCCCCCGGCGGGUUCUGGGACGUGGUGGCGCUGACGGCCGCGGACGCGGGGCAGGCGCUCGCCUACCGGGAGCAGCUGGAGGCGAAGCUGCGCAGGAGGGAGCUGCCGCUGGGGCCGCGGUACCUCGUGUUCGCCGACCCGCCCGGACGCAAGGCCGGAAAUGGUGGAUCAACUCUCCAUGUUCUUCAGUGCCUGGAAGACCUGUGUGGUGACAACUGGACAUCCUUUACUGUGCUGCUCAUUCACUCUGGCGGUUACAGUCAGCGUUUGCCCAAUGCAAGUGCCCUGGGAAAGGCAUUCACAGCUCUGCCAUUGGGUGAUCCCAUGUACCAGAUGCUGGACCUGAAGCUGGCCAUGUACAUCGACUUCCCCAGCCACAUGAAGCCGGGCGUUCUCGUUACGUGUGCGGAUGACAUCGAGCUGUACAGCACUGGAGUUACGGAGACAGUCACCUUUGAUAAGCCUGGAUUCACUGCCUUGGCUCACCCUUCGGACCUGGCGGUGGGGACCACUCAUGGAGUGUUUGUUUUAGAUCCAGCCAGUUUCUCAGGAAAGGGAGGACUCGAAUACACAUCUUGCCAUCGCUUCCUGCACAAACCUACUGUUGAGACCAUGCGGCAGUGCGGGGCCGUGUGCGUGAGAGGGAGCGGUUCUCUGCCAGCUGCCCCUGGAGACCGCAGGGGCUCGGAAAGGGGCUCUGAGUGUGUGUACACAGACAGUAUAUUUUACAUGGACCAUAGCACUGCGAAGCGACUGCUGGCAUUUUACAAGCAGAUGGGCACUCUUUGCUGUGAAAUAGAUGCUUAUGGUGACUUCCUGCAGGCCCUGGGACCUGGAGCCACGCAAGACUACACGACAAACACAAGCAGCAUCACAAAAGAGGGAUCACAGUUGAUAGAGGUGCGGCAGAAACUGUACUCUCUCCUCAAAGGAACUGCACUUAAUGUUGUAGUCUUGAACAACUCCAAGUUCUACCACAUUGGAACUACUGAGGAGUAUUUGUUCCAUUUUACAUCUGACAGCAAACUGAAGUCUGAGCUUGGCUUGCUGCCUGUGGCCUUCAGCAUCUUUCCUGACAGGGCCUUGGCUCAAACAGCAAGUGUCAUGCACAGCAUUCUGGAGCCAGGAUGUCUCAUAGGACCUGGAUCCGUCAUCGAGUACUCCAGGAUUGGGCCUGAGGUCUCUGUAGGGGAGGGCAGCAUUAUCAGUGGGUCGGAUAUAAGUGGGAAAGUAGAGGUUCCCUCACACUGCUUUCUGAGCUCCCUGAGUGUAGAAGGUGACCGUGAGGUGCAGUAUGUGAGCAUGGUGUUUGGUGUGCAGGACGACUUGAAGAAGAGCGUGAAGGUGCUGUCCGACCUCGGUGCCCUGCGGUUUUGUGGGGUCAGCUUGCCGCAGUGCCUGGAGCUCUGGGGUGUGCAGGUGUCGGAGCAGCUCUUCUCCAGCGAGAGCACAGGCUUGAGCUUGUGGACCGCGAGGCUCUUCCCUGUCUGCUCCACGCUGAGGGAAUCGGUCCUCCUGUCGCUGCAGAUGGUGCGUGCCGUGCAGCACGCGUCACGUCUCACAUUGCACGGGCUCCGGUGCUUGUCUGUGCAGGAGAUGCUCAGGUGCAAAGAGGUCGGGGACAUGAUGAAGUUCAGGAAGCAAAUUUAUGAUGAAAUCCAUCUACGAAGGCAAAAAGAGAAGUGUGAUCUGUAGAACAAGCAGUGCUUGAGGAAAUGCCCUGUGUUGGUGUGAGCGUGGUUGGUACUGCCCAGCUUGUGAAAGUCGUCAGAGAAAAGCACACAGGUCUUGUCUGUGGUUUCUUUAGAGGAGGAAGUGUGAACCUGCAUUAGCAGCAGUGUAGCAUGACACGAAUGAUGCGGCGAGUGCAGAUGAACUGUUCUUUUGAUGAGAGGAGUACUGAACUGUUUCAGAUC